AUGCGUGUGGAAGAUGAUAUGAGAGAUGAUACGGAAGACAUAGAAUACAAAUUUAUUUUGCAAAUGGAGUAUGGAGUGUAUUGUAGUAUGUAUGGAGUUGUUGUUGGAUGGACGUCAAGUAAAAAAUCAAAAGGAAGUGAUUAUGUGAUGACGAUCGACGUUGUUGAUGAGGAGAUGCAAAGGCUUUCCGUCCGGAUAUUCAGCCACACAGAAAUAUUUGCAGAGAGUCUGUAUGUUGGAGAUGUAGUAAAAAUAAGGAAUGUUAAGCUCUAUACACAAGGCAAGGCGAUAAUGGGCAAAAGAAAUGAGAUAGAUGUUGUGUACAGGCAGGGCAAGCAAGCUGGUGAAUUCCCUAGUCGGAGUGUCAUGAAUCUUGUGAAUGUAUUUGAGAGGAGCCGACGGAGGUUUGUGAAGCAAAGGAUGAUAUCUGAGAUAGAAUGUGGACAUCGUUUUGACUUCUGUGGAGAGCUAAGCGAUAAGCGGCGCGAAAUGCACAAUCUAGUGAUUCUUGAGUUUAUUGAUUACAGUCAUGGAGCUUGCUCGCUGGAUAUGUGUAAGCACAUGAGUUGUAUGGUGCUUGUUAUAAAGGCAUGGGGAGAAUUUUCGGAUAGAUCAGAACAAUGCGAGAUUGGUAGUUAUUACCUGAUCAAGAACCUGAAGGCUGAUGAAGUUGGUGAGCUUGCAGUUGCGAGCCUGUCGGAGUCGAGCAAUGGGGAGAUAGUCAAGAUUCGUAAGCAUUCGCCUAUUUGGCAGGAUCUUGAGUUAAGAAGAAAUGAAUAUCAAAGAAAAGUUGUUUUUGGAUGCAAUGGAGGAUCUGAGCUACAACCUGACGUGCCUAUACACAUGAAUGAUGAAAAUAGAUACUCAAUCAAUCCUGGAGUGUACAGAAUCAAGGCACAAAUAAGAAGAUGUGCGUUAUUUACGAAUAACACGAUUUCAAUAUGUAAAAGCUGUGGAAUGAUUGAAGAAAGCACGGCUGAAAAGCAGAUGCGAACUUGUAUGAACCACAAUGUUGAACAGAUUAGAAUAGCUAGAGUGAUUAUCUGGGAUGGAUAUACAGAGAUAAAGGUUGUAUGUAGAGGAAGCAUAGCAGAGAGAAUAAUUGACAAUGAGAUUCGUGGAAUAAAAGGUCAGGUAUAUGAAUGUGUUAUACUGAAUGUUGAAGAAAAUAAUCGAGUAGUUUCUCAUCUAAUUAGCAUUGAGUGA